AUGGCUAUGCUCUCAAGUUCCACCCCUAAUGGCACACUUCCCCCAGCAAGGCCACAGCUCCUAAGCCUCCUGAAACAGUGCCACCAAGAACUUCCAAGAUACUCCAUGAUCUGUGCUGUGGGCCUAACUGUUAACUUGGCUAUCAUUUAUGUGAUCCUGAGGGCACCAAAGAUGAAAACAGUAACUAAUGUGUUUAUUCUGAACCUAGCUAUUGCUAAUAGGCUCUUUGUGUUGGUGCUCCCAGCCAACAUCACUGAGUACCUGCUACAGCACUGGCCCUUUGGAGAGCCAUUCUGCAAACUGGUGCUGACCAUUGACUACUACAACAUCUUCUCCAGCAUUUCCCUGGUUGUGAUGAGUGUGGACUGCUACUUAGGAGUACUGGCCACUGUGCAAUCUUGACAAUUGCCUAGGCACAUAGAGGGAGCAAAAGUUGCCAGCCUUUGUAUCUGGCUAGGGGUCACCGUCAUGGUUCUGCCCUUCUGAUCCUUUGCCCAUGUCUACAGCAAUGAGUUACAGGCACCCAGUUGUGGGCUAAGUUUUCUGAAGCCAGAGUGGGUCUGGUUUCAGGCCAGCCACACAUAUUCAUUGGUUCUUGGCUUUGUAAUGCCAUUGUGCAUCAUCUGCAUUUCAUAUAUGGCAUUGUGCAGACUUCAUACCAUGAAGCUCCACUCUGGCAUAAAGGUUCUAGGCAAGGCCAAGAGAACUGGCCUUGUCCUCACUGUGUUGGCCAUAUGCUUUCUUUGCUGGAUGCCCUUUCACCUGGCCUCUGUGGUGGCCCUGACUACAGGCAUGCCCCAUACAUCCCUAGUUAUUGGUAUCUCCUAUGCCAUCACCAGCCUCAGCUAUGUCAACUCAUGCCUCAAUCCUUUCUUGAACUCACUCCUGAAUGACAACUUCCACAAGAAUUUCUGUACCAUAAUCCUGUUUCAGGAGGUCUGA